AAAUGUCAUAUCAUUACAGGAAAAUAAAUAGGUUAAUGAAAAUCAAAUCCUUUCUUCACGGGAGCUUCAUUGUGGAAUCAUUAUUUGAAGGACAUAACAGACCUUCUGAUAGUAAUAGGAAUGUUUACAGUCAAUGGUUUAUUAUCUUUUAGGCGGAUACGAUCGACCACAAUAUUUUCCCCAUUGAUAUGAAAGUCGUACCGUACGGAAUUGUUAAAAAAAUAAUCUCUCUAUAGUAUUUAAUUUGAUAUCAGUUCAAAAGUUUCAACUAUUAGUGGAGUACGAAAAUUUUAGUAUCUAUCAUAAACACAUACGGUUUACAUUAUUCUACUGUAAGACUAUUAAAUACAGCGAAGUCUACAUAGAAUAUUGUGUUUGCUGCAGUUUUUGUUAAUUUUUCACUUCAAAGAUGUCAAUAGAAAUGGUUGAGAAAGCAAAGAGUGAAACGGAUUUGGAUAGAAAGGAAGAUAUUGUAAUGGAAACUCAAGAGGAGGAAUUCGUUGAAGAUGAAGUGGUAAUACUGAAGCGAAAAAACACCUAUGCUGCUAAAAAGACUGUUGCUCAAGGAAUGAUGGACCUGGCACUUAUAACUGCCAACGCUAAUCAAAUGAAGUUUAUGAUCCAGUUCUACAAAAAUCGAGAUUUCACAUUUUGGACAGUCAUGGUUCUAAUCUGGUUGAGUUUAAUCAUUCAGGUUGCAGUUGGUGUGGUAUUGAUAUUCAAAAGGAGAUUCGACUUGAAACAUCACCAACACGAGCAUGGAAUUCGCAUGGGAAACUACGUUAUUGUGGGAGUUUUUCUUGUCACCGUCAUAAAUGUGUUCAUUGCAUCUUUCAGCAUUGGUAAUACUGCUGAUCCCCCCGUAGCCCAACCAGCUACUGCCACUUCUAAAUAGAUAAAUUCCCAUUUUCCAUAAAAAAUGUGUUCAUUACAAUCAUAUUUUAGCAUUGGUAAUACUGCUGAUCCCCCGGUAGCCCAACCAGUUACUGCCACUUCUAAAUAGAUAAAUUCCCAUUUCUAAUAAAAAAUGUGUUCAUUGCAUCCAUUACUAUUGGUAAUACUGCUGAUACCUCUGUAGCCCAACCAGUUACUGCCACUACUAUAUAGAUAAAUUCAUAUUUUCCAUAAUAUAAAAGAUUGGAUAAUGAGUAAACCUCUCAUUAUAUAGGCCUAUAUAUAUUUUCUUAAAAGAGUCAACGUAGCCUACUAAAAUAUCUUACAGCUCUUCCUGUCACUAUUAAUUAAGCAGUGAACAAUCAUUUCUCUUAACUGAAAAUUAGACAUCCAAUGAAUUUUAUGUUAAUUUAAAUGAGUAUUUGGUGGUGA